ACACACACACACACACACCUUUGUUUACAUCUGUUACACGGGAGGUUGCAGCUGAGUCUGAGCUGACUACAGGAGGUUGUUUCUGGGGAUUUAUUAAAUAUUCUUCCUCCCAGCCGGCGUGAUGGUGUGCGAGAAGUGCCAGAAGAAGUUGGGCAAGGUGAUCACUCCGGAUACCUGGAAGGACGGGGCACGCAACACGACUGAGAGCGGCGGACGCAAGAUUAAUGAGAACAAGCUACUCACCAGUAAGAAGAACAGAUUCAACCCCUGCACGGUGAGUCUUCCCCGGUUCGCGGAGUGCAGGAUCUGCCGCAGCAAGGUGCACCAGCCGGCUCUCAACUUCUGCCAGGGGUGUGCCUACAAAAAGGGAAUCUGUGCCAUGUGUGGCAAAAAGAUCCUGGACACCACAAACUACCGCCAGUCUUCUGCUUAGUGUGUGAUGUGUGUGUGUAUGUGUGUGUGUGUGUACAUAGCUGAAUGUUUAAUUUAGAUCAGACAGAGGAAAGCAUUUUGUUUAAAAGUGCAUAUUUACUAAUGUGUAGAAUGUACAGACACUCCCUGACUUAUGAACAUCUGGAGAUAUGAACAAGAAUCCCUGCAAGUCCACAUUCUGUUUGUCACUCCACUGCAGGUUCAAAUUCACUAUGCACCUCCUACCCAGUGCCACUUUUGGCCACUAUCCAUGCCAGGCAACAGUGUGGCAGAGGAAAGAGGCACCUUGUUGUUUACAUGACAUUUACAGUAGUAGUACAAUAUUUGUACAGUUUAUUAAUCUGAUUUGUUUAGUUUAAUUGUUAUCACUGUGUAAUAGACGGUAUUGUUUUGACACAACUUUUUUAUAUUACCUAGACAAAAUAUUUUACAAAAUAACGACUUACAAAUGGUCAUCUGGAACCUAACUCGUUCAUAAGCCAGGUGGUGUCUGUACUGAGUCUUUGAGAUUAGGUGUCAGUUAUAAAUGAACAGAUUUAUAAUGUAAGGAUAAGUUCUCUAGUAUUACGGGCUAUGAUCUUAGGAGGAAUCAGAUAGUGGGUGGGGAGUUGGGUCAGAAAUAUUAUAUAUUACAUCCAGACAAUGCAAAUGACUAAAGAGAAGUUUUUAUAAUGCCAUUUUUUUUACUCAUACAACUAAAGCAGAAUUUUUGUGAAGUAAUAAUCUUGAUACUCUGUAAUUUAUUUAUGUAAUAUUUAAUAAAACACAAAACUUAUAU